CCCGCUCCCUUCCGGCAGUCAGGAACCCGCGUGCACCUGGAGGACCCUUCCAUGGCAAGCAGAGAAUUAGACCCUAGUCACGGUCUAUCUAUCAUAUUUGGGGCGAUGGAGGGUUCUUAAGCGCCUUUGGGUCUGCGAAUCCGACUGCCCACGCAUAGCAGAGGAGAGGAGGCUAGGGUUUCCUCGCGGGAAAAAAGCGGCGGCGAGGAGAGGAGGCUAGGGUUUCCAAGUUGCGUGUCAUAUUUAGAUUGAGAUUGAGAUGGAUUCGAAGGAGGGGAAGUCCGAGAUGCAGAUGGAUGCGGGGGCGAGCAAGGAUGCGGCGGCCGGGAAGAGGAAGAAAAGGGUACCUAGGAUUGGAAAGAAAGCAGAGGAACCGAGGGUGAGGAAGACGGUCAAGGAAACGCGUCACCGGGCGCCGCCAGUAUACGAGGCGACAUUGGCUGUCUUUGAAGAUGAUCGCUACGAGUUCAGCAGAUGGUGGAUGCGAGUAUGGGGCGAUGACAUCGGUUCGAUGGAGCAAAAAACUACUAUCCCCAGCGUGCGGUUCACGGAUGUUGCUUCUGGCAAUUCCUCCGUCGACACCGCCACCACUCUGCAGCCCUUCGAAGUCAGAAUCUCACUCAAACAAAACUCAGGUUUAACCUGGCCAUUGCAUGUUUAUGGCUAUGUCGCCGCGCGUGAUUUGGUGGAUAACAAGCGCAUCAUCAUCUUUGAGCGUGAAGAGGAUGAAUGCCAAAUCAUCAUGGAGGGGGUUCUUUCCAACUUUCCAUACCUAGCACUGACUGGUCCUACACGUGCUGUUGUGCUGAUUGAUCCUGUGUACUUUGAAAUUGACCUCAAAGUGAAAGGAAUCGGGCAAUCUGAGGAUCAAGAUCUAAUCUACGUAGCUAGUCCGUUCAGUAAUACUCAGCCUCUUGAUUCAGCCGUUUUUAAAUGGGUCUACACGGGCAAGAUCAGCACGGUUGAGUUGACAUUUGGCCUGAUUCGUAGGUCAGUAGAGGCUGCAGUCAGUAUGAGAGUCGUCCAUGGAUCAUGGCCAGAUGGUUUCUGUGGUUGUUUUGUUGCAAGAACUGCCAGUAUAAAUGACCUGACAAUUGGGUUGCUUGUGAUCGGUGAUAAUGGGUUGCGUCUUGCUGAUGAUGGCACGAUCAAGCUACAACGCAAUGUUGUUUGUGCUGAAAUUAGAAACGGGGAGUAUCUGGAAGUUUCUGUCGGUGCAUAUGGUGUUGGUGGGCAACGAUUUGAUGACACUCUAUUUUUUACACCUCAGGAACGCGGUAGACUCAAAUGUGCACUUCAUGUUGGUACAUGUGAGAUUGAGGUCACUGUAACCUGGUUCCUUAUCAAGUCGUUCUAGAAGGACUUAACUGGUGUCUGGGCGAGUUUACCCUCUUGUACAAGUUUAAUCUCUCUCUAAUAAUAAAGCAAAUACGGUUUUUAUCGUC